AAAGUUUCCUAUACAUGGUUGACUGAGUGAGAGGCGCAGUGAGUGUGUGGCUGAGUGAGUGGUUCCUUAGGGUUUUGCACACCCAUUCCUACUUCCCAAAAACUCUCUCUCUCAUCAUCAUCGUCCAGACUCUCCAAUCCAUUCACAAUCUGAUCGUUUCACAGGGCUUUUCCUCAGGUGGAUCUGUGUGACCUGGAUUAGAUGGAGCAGUACGAAAAAGUUGAGAAGAUUGGUGAAGGAACCUAUGGUGUGGUCUAUAAGGCUCGGGACCGAGUGACCAAUGAAACUAUAGCUUUAAAGAAGAUUCGUUUGGAGCAGGAAGAUGAGGGUGUACCAAGCACGGCAAUUAGAGAAAUUUCUCUAUUGAAAGAGAUGAAGCAUGGAAAUGUUGUCAGGUUACAGGAUGUAGUGCACAGUGAGAAGCGUUUGUAUCUGGUUUUUGAGUAUCUGGACUUGGAUUUGAAGAAACACAUGGAUUCAUGUCCGGAGUUCUCUAAGGAUCCACGUCUGAUAAAAAUGUUCCUGUAUCAAAUUCUUCGUGGUAUUGCUUAUUGUCACUCCCAUAGAGUUCUGCAUCGAGAUCUGAAACCUCAGAAUCUGCUGAUAGAUCGCCGUACAAAUGCUUUAAAGCUUGCAGAUUUUGGAUUGGCCAGAGCAUUUGGUAUUCCCGUCAGGACAUUUACACAUGAGGUGGUGACUCUAUGGUACAGGGCACCAGAAAUACUCCUUGGAUCCCGCCACUAUUCGACUCCUGUGGAUGUGUGGUCAGUGGGUUGUAUAUUUGCUGAAAUGGUGAAUCAGCGGCCAUUGUUUCCUGGGGACUCUGAGAUUGAUGAACUAUUCAAAAUCUUCAGAAUCUUGGGUACUCCAAAUGAGGAUACGUGGCCUGGAGUGACUUCUUUGGCUGAUUUUAAAUCUGCCUUUCCAAAAUGGCCUUCUAAGGACCUGGCCACUGUGGUCCCAAAUCUUGACUCAGCUGGCAUUGAUCUUCUUAGUAAAAUGCUCUGUCUGGAUCCAAGCAGAAGAAUUACAGCUAGAAGUGCCCUUGAACAUGAAUACUUCAAGGAUAUUGGGUUUGUACCUUGAUUCCCUGUGCCUAUCUUCCUGGCUGCAAAAGUGUAUAUCAAUAUAUAGCAUUUCAUGGGUUCAUUUUUUCCAUUUUGUUUUGUUUUUUUCUUUUUGUGAGAGUGCGGUUUGUUUUUCACUGCUUAUUUCCCCCCUUUCAAUUCAAAUUACAUUGAAGUGGUUAUUGGCGCAGCCGUAGUGGAAGUGUCUAGUGUUUGUUCUCAGAAUUUCACCCCCCAAUUUCUUUGUCUUAAAGAUAGGUAUUGGUGUUAAGGUUUUUAAUCUCUUUGUAACAUCAUGCUUUGUGAAAGACAUAAUGGUUUCUAUCCCCCUUGUAUGAAAAACUUUGGUUUGCCUUUUAUUUGCUC